AGCUUGGACUUGGUGUAUCUCGCAAUCAUCCUAAGUUCCUAACACAUGAACAUUUUCCUCACUUCUCUGCAUCCCCUUCCUCGAACUCGAUCACCAUCGAUUUCUGAAAUGAGCCAACGUGUCCCUAGCUGCGAUGUGGAAGACCACAACAACGUCAACAUUCCCACACCCACAAAAACCCCUCUUCCAAUUCCCAACUCCAAUUUCAUUCCCCAUGAGGUCCCAAUGUUCGGGUACCAAGGCCAAGUAGCAUGCAUACAGGGACAACCUCGUACCGUAACAUCCGGUGCAAGUGGGGGUGCUGCUGGAACCUUGGAGUCCAUAGUUAAUAAUAACCAACACAAUUUGGUUACUAUGGACGCCUUGGUCCCCUCUUUCAUGCAACAGCCGCAGGCUGUGGUGGCGCGUGUGCCCACCACGCGCGACUUCAGUAGUAGUACCAGGGAUUGGAGUGUCAGUGCCACUGACACGUGUCCAAGGGACCUUAGUGCUGCUGCUUUCAACUCUGCAUCCACCACCUACGACGACCGCGAUUCCAUUAGCCACCUUAGAUCACAGAGUGAAGCACGGAAUGAAGAUUACAAGAGAAGAAGAGUUGAUAGAUCUUCUGAAUCCAACAAAAGAAUCAAAGCUUCAGCUGUACACAACCAAUCUGAAAGGAGAAGAAGAGAUAAGAUCAACCAAAGAAUGAAGGCAUUGCAAAAGCUGGUCCCAAAUUCCAGUAAGACGGAUAAAGCCUCGAUGCUGGAUGAGGUGAUCCAAUAUAUGAAGCAAUUGCAAGCACAAGUGGAAAUGAUGAAUUGGAUGAAAAUGUACUCGUCCAUGAUGCUGCCAACAAUUACCAUGCAACAACAACUUAAAAUGUCUAUGAUGAUGGCUCAUAUGUGCAUUGGAAUGGGAAUGAAUAAGGAUGUGAUUAUGAAUAUGAACAACAUGAACAUGAACAUUCCUGUCAUCCCUCCUCUCCUUCACCCAGCUCCGUUCCUGUCUAUGAGGGAUCAGUUACAAGGAGCACAAGAUAAGUCUGUGAACAUGGAAGCAUAUGGGAUGGCUGCCUUGUAUCACCAGCUGUAUAAUUCUUCAUAUUCUAGUUCCAAGACCUGAUCCAGCUGCUACCUUCCUCGCAGUGUUGAGCUACAAAUUAAUGUGUGUGUGUGUAUUUUUUUAGUGAGAACAGUUGAAGUGAAGAACUAAUUAACAGUUUUUCUUUUUCCCUCUUUUUAUUAGAAAAAUAAAAUGUAAUUUCAUUCAAAUAGUUGUAAAAUUAAAUGUAAUAAUUCUUUGUACUCCAAUAGUACAAAGAAUAUGUUUGGAAUACAUUAUCUGGUGUGGUCCCUCCCCAGUCCCCAUUGUUAGUGUGUUAAAUAACACUAUGAUGUAAAUAAGUGGCUUUUCUAUUAUUAUUAUUUUUUGGGCUGUUUUGCUCAUGUAAAAUGCGAAUGUUUGUGUUCUAAUAAAAUAGCAUGUGAUUUGA